UCUAUUCCAGCCUCUCUAUAAAUCACAUUUCACAAAAGACUGUACGGCACAAGUCGGUGCUACAUGUAAUCAUCAUGAACAUGGACAUAGACAUAGACAUGAUCAUGGAUAUGGAUGCAAUCCCAGAUUUUCUACACUUUUCCAGUUACACUCACAGCACAACCUCACCCACUUCCGAAGACGAUACCUUAAACAACACCUGGUCCCCCCUCCUCGAUUUCGAUUUCUUCCCCGCCAACCAAGACCACUUCCACGACUUCAUUGAUUCCCUCACCAACAACGAUGAAAUCACAACCGUUCAUCCAAAUCUACUCAACCCUGUCUCCGAGGAAGAAGAAGAACAACAAUCAUCCAUCGGAAACCGAACAGACGAAGAUAACGACAGAAAAGGCCUCCGUCUUGUUCACCUCCUCAUGGCCGCGGCGGAGGCUCUCACCGGCACCAACAAAAACCACCGUCUAGCUCAAGUGAUAUUGAUUCGGCUCAAAGACUUAGUGUCUUCCACUCACGGCACCAACAUGGAGAGACUCGCCGCGUAUUUCACCGAAGCGCUACAAACUCUACUCAACGGCGUCGACUCUGCAAACUCCACCAACCAUCACCAUCACCACCAGAAGCUUUGCUUACUCACUGCACCCCAUCAAACAGACCUCCUCUCCGCCUUCCAGCUUCUCCAAGACAUGUCCCCUUACGUCAAGUUCGCUCACUUCACGGCCAACCAAGCCAUCCUCGAAGCCGUUACACACAAACGUAGACUUCACAUCGUCGACUACGAUAUCAUGGAAGGAGCCCAAUGGGCUUCACUCAUUCAAUCACUUUCAUCACGGAAAGACGGCAUCCCGGGCCCACAUCUCCGCAUCACUGCAUUAUCUAGAAACAAAGAGCGUGGAAGUGGACGGAGAUCUAUAGCUACCGUUCAAGAAACCGGGAAAAGACUAACGGCGUUUGCGGCUUCCGUUGGACAGCCGUUUACUUUUCAUCAAUGUAGAUUGGAGUCAGACGAAACGUUUAGAGCUUCUUCGUUGAAGCUGGUUCGUGGUGAGGCUUUGGUGUUUAACUGUGUGAUGAAUUUGCCUCAUCUUAGUUACCGGGCUUCGGACUCCGUUGCUUCGUUUUUGAACGGUGCGAAGGAGUUGAGAUCGAAGCUUGUGACGUUGGUUGAGGAGGAGGUUGGGCCCGUGAAUGAUGCGGGCUUUGUGGGCUUGUUUAUGGAUUCGUUGCAUCGGUAUUCGGCGAUGUAUGAUUCACUUGAGGCUGGGUUUCCGAUGAAUAAAUGGGCUCGGGCUUUGGUGGAGCAAGUGUUUAUGGGCCCGAGGAUAAUGGGCUCAGUGGCUCAACUUUAUAUGGGUGGUGAAGAGGAGGGGCAAGAGAAGGGCUCUUGGGGGGAGUGGUUGAGUGCGGAGGGGUUCAGGGGAGUUAGUGUGAGCUAUGGUAAUCAUUGCCAAGCGAAGCUGUUGUUGGGUCUGUUUAAUGAUGGGUAUAGGGUGGAGGAAUUGGGGAACAAUAAGUUGGUGUUAGGUUGGAAAUCAAGGCGUUUACUUUCUGCUUCUAUUUGGACUUGUAACUCAGAGUCUGAAUCUGAUUUUUAGAUGAUAUCCUUUCUGUUUGAUUCUGAAUAUGGAAAUUAAACCAAAGGUUUGAUGUGCAAGAGCAUCAUCUUACAAGUACCGAAUAUACAUUUUCAAAGUGGCGCCACUGUUGUCAAUGUCUUCUCUGCGGAAAAAGAGUUCCUUCAACUUACUCCAUUUGUUCUGGUUGUGUGUUUGUUUUUGUUCUUUCAAGAUUUUGUUACAUUUGACCGAAGUGUUGUCCUCUUGGUUGAUUGAAUGAAUGUCUUUCUAAUA